AUGACGACCAAAUUCGGCGAUAUGAAGACGAAGCGGACUUCUACGGUCAACCUCCGCACUCAGAAGCGCCUCGCGGCCGCCGUGGUCGGUUGCGGAAAGCGCAAGAUCUGGCUCGACCCCAACGAGACCAGCGAAAUCGCCAACGCCAACUCCCGUCAGACUGUCCGCAAGCUCGUUCAGGAUGGCCUCAUCAUCCGCAAGCCCGUCACCAUGCACUCGCGUGCCCGCGCCCGGGAGCUGACCGCCGCUCGACGAAUUGGCCGCCACCGUGGUUUCGGUAAGAGGAAGGGUACCAAGGAUGCUCGUAUGCCAAGCCAAAUCGUCUGGAUGCGCCGCCUCCGUGUCCUCCGCCGUCUCCUCGUCAAGUACCGUGCCGCAGGAAAGAUCGACAAGCACCUCUACCACGAGCUCUACCUCCUGUCCAAGGGUAACACCUUCAAGCACAAGCGUGCUCUCGUUGAACACAUCCACAAGGCCAAGGCUGAGAAGGCCCGCGAGAGGGCUAUCCAGGAAGAGAUGGACGCCAAGCGUGCGAAGACCAAGGCGGCGAGGGAGAGGAGGCAGGAGCGUGUCCAGCAGAAGCGUCAAGCUCAGCUGGGCGACGAUGCGGAGUAA